GAUUCUUCACUUUCUUCCUAUUAAUACAUCUAACCAUUCAAAUCAUUCCAUAAUCUCACACUCACUAAACACCAUAAUAACCCUCCACUAACCCUUUUGAGAAUUACAUCAGUUGAAAAAUGGAGUCCAAAGGGUCAAUUUUAAUUAAGUUUUUCUUGCUUCUUCAAUUACCAAUUCUAUGUCUUUCACAGCAACAAGAUUUUGAUUUCUUCUACUUUGUUCAACAGUGGCCAGGGUCAUUUUGUGAUUCACAGAAGAGUUGCUGCUACCCGACAAGUGGAAAACCUGCUGCUGAUUUUAGUAUUCAUGGUUUAUGGCCUAAUUACAAAGAUGGUACUUAUCCAUCUAACUGUGAUCCUAACAGCCCUUUUGAUCAAUCUCAGAUAUCUGAUCUCAAAAGCAGUUUACUAAAGAACUGGCCCACACUAGCCUGCCCAAGUGGAAAUGGAAUUCAGUUUUGGACUCAUGAGUGGGAGAAGCACGGAACUUGCUCAGAAUCAAGCCUUAAACAACAUGAUUAUUUUGAAACAACUCUCAACUUGAAACAAAAAUCAAACCUCCUUGAUGCUCUUACAAGUGCAGGAAUACAAGCUGAUGGAGGUUCUUACAGUUUGAGCAGAAUCAAAGGAGCUAUACAAAAGGGAGUUGGGUUUGCUCCAUUCAUUGAAUGCAAUGUGGAUUCAUCUCGUAACAGUCAGCUAUACCAAGUUUACUUGUGCGUCGACACUUCUGGAUCAAACUUCAUUGACUGUCCAGUUUUCCCGAAUGGCAAAUCAUGUGGAUCUAAUGUUGAGUUCCCAUCGUUUUAAGUAUCAGUCUCUAUGACAAUACUGUAUCUUCAAGUUUAUUUAUCAUCUUUGUUUAAACCCUUUUCUUCAGAUGUAUGCACUUAUUGUGCAAUUGAAUUUGAAUUUGAAUGCUAUAUAAAAUAUAAACCAGAUGAUGCAUAUUUGUAUCACUUUUAGAUUUUAAGUGAAGAUGUUAUAUCCAAAAACAGUUGUUUGGUUGUUACUAAUUCAAUGUGAUGAACUAGUCUUGUGUU